UCUUCGGGCUUUCCGCUUCGGUCGGUUGCUUCGGGAUAUUCCCAGUCCAGAUCAACUCCGUCAAAAUCAUGGACUGACAAGAAAUUGGUCAAAGAGUCGAAGAACUUUCGAGGUUUAGAUAUUUCCAAGAUUCGGUCUUCACUCCGCGGGGAUGUUUUGUACAACGCUGAGCUUGAUACUCACUUGGCACAUUUAACCGUUGGUGAGACUUUGACAUUCGCAUCUCGUGCAAGCUCUGUUAGACACGUCCCAAGUGGAUUCACUCGCCAGCAGCUGGACACAGUUCGUCGCGAUGUUAUGAUGGCGAUCUUCGGCCUGAACCAUACCAUCGAUACUCGAGUCGGAGACGAUUUCGUACGUGGUAUUAGCGGUGGAGAGCGAAAGCGCGUUAGCAUUGCAGAGGCAUCUCUGACUGGAGCCAAGUUCCAGUGUUGGGACAAUUCUACCCGGGGCCUGGACAGCGCCAAUGCUAUCAAUUUCUGCAGCAACCUACGACUCCAGGCAGAUAUUCUUGAUAUAACCUCGGCGAUGUUUGAUCGGGUGACAUUGUUAUAUGAAGGCAGACAAAUAUUCUUUGGUCAUAUUACCGAGGCAAAAGGCUACUUUGAGAGCCUGGGAUUCUUUUCUCCACCUAGACAAACAGUCCCUGAUUUCCUCACGUCGAUGACGAGCGCAGAGGAGCGCAGAGUACGACCCGGGUUUGAAGGAUCCGCACCUCGCUCAGCAAAUGAGUUUGCCGAAAGAUGGAAGUCAAGCGAGCAACGGAAGAAGCUGCUUCUUGAAGUGGCAUCAUAUGAGCAGAAACAUCCUACAGAGGUUCGAAUGAUGGAAUAUGACAAAUCUCGACGUGCUGAACAAGCGAAGCAGCAGCGUGCCAUGUCUCCCUACACCAUAUCAUACGCCCAACAAGUUUCCUUGACUCUAUGGCGCGCAUAUAGGAGACUGCUUGCUGAUCCCGGAUUCACGAUAGCUUCCCUCCUUUUCAACGUCAUUAUGGCGCUGAUUUUGGGAAGCAUGUUCUACGAUCUCAGCCCUGACAGCUCUACCUUCUACUACCGUGGGGGUCUAAUAUUCUUCUCACUGCUUUUCAAUGCGUUCGGGAGCCAGCUUGAAGUCUUGACCAUCUAUGCAGAGCGCCCCGUCGUUGAGAAGCAAAAUCGCUACGUCUUCUAUCACCAGUCUGCCCAGGCCAUCGCAAGCUACCUCACCGACCUGCCCUACAAAAUCAUCAAUAUGUUUGUUUUUAAUAUAUUGAUUUACUUCAUGGCCGGUUUGAAGCGAGAAGCAGGUGCUUUCUUCUUCUUCUGCCUUGCUACGCUUCUCACCACACUGAUUUUAUCGGCUCUCUUUCGCACCUUGGCUUCUAUAACCAGGACCCCUGAUCAAGCAAUGAUACCUACUGCAGUUCUGAGCCUUGGACUGAUGAUAUAUACUGGAUUUACUACCCCACCGGCAUACAUGCCGGGGUGGUCGCGUUGGAUGGCCUACAUCAAUCCUCUUUCAUAUGGCUUUGAGGCUUUGAUGGCCAACGAAUUCCACGGUCGAGAUUUUCCAUGCGCAAGCAUGGUGCCCAAUGGCCCAGAGUAUACAAGGCUGCCAUCGGCAUCGCAGGUAUGCUCUGUCGUUGGUUCGGUGGUCGGCUCCACUGUUGUCAAUGGAGAUGACUAUAUCGGCAAGUCUUUUAACUACCACGAUGUCCAUAAAUGGAGAAAUAUUGGGAUUCUGUUCGCCUUUGUGGCUUUUCUUUUCCCUGCCUACAUCUUAGCGGCUGAGUUGGCAAAACCUCCCAAGACGCAUGGAGAAAUUCUUGUGUUCAGCCGUACCAGGGGUUUUCUCGGCGCAAGAAAUAUUCAAACCGUGGAUUCGGAGAAUCAAGAAAGGACACAUCCCAUUGUCGCAGAUAAAGUAUCAUCUUUGCCUGCGCAGAAAAAUAUUAUUUCUAGAAGGCAUGUGUUUCACUGGGAGGAUCUUUGCUACGAUAUCAAAGUCAAAGACGGGACUCGUCGCCUCUUAGACCAUGUUGACGGCUGGGUAAAACCAGGAGUGUCGACAAUCCUCAUGGGUGUGUCCGGAGCAGGCAAAACAACCCUUCUAGACGUCCUGGCAAACCGCGUUUCCGUCGGUGUCGUAAGUGGCCAGACCAUGGUCAACGGAAAACCCACAGGUCCGUCCUUUCAGCACAAGGUCGGCUAUGUUCAACAGCAAGAUCUUCACCUGAGCACUAUGACAGUCCGCGAAGCUCUGUGUUUCAGUGCCCUCCUUCGACAAUCCACGGAAGUACCCAAGUGUGAAAAGCUCGACUAUGUGGAAUAUGUGAUCGAUACGCUAGAGAUGCGAGAGUUCGCGGAUGCUGUCAUUGGUGUUCCGGGAGAGGGACUCAAUGUCGAGCAACGGAAGCGCUUAACGAUUGGCGUGGAGCUGGCCGCUCGACCCCAGCUUUUGGUCUUCUUCGACGAACCGACAUCGGGCCUGGAUUCGCAGACAUCAUGGGCAAUUUCGGAGCUUAUCAAAAAGCUGACUAACAGUGGUCAGGCAGUUCUCUGCACUAUCCAUCAACCGUCUGCUAUUCUUUUCGACCAAUUUGAUCGACUCCUACUCAUCGCGCCGGGAGGGAAAACGGCUUAUUUUGGUGAUCUUGGCUGCGGUGCCUCGACUCUAAUUCAAUAUCUCGAGAAGAACAAUGCCACUCCAUGUCCUGCAGGCGCCAAUCCCGCUGAGUGGAUGUUGCAGGUGAUAGAGUCGCAUAAGGAUGGAACCAAUGGACCGAAUUGGCACCGGAUAUGGCUAGACUCUCCCGAGUAUCAAGCUGUCAAAGAAGAGCUUCAUCAUCUGCGAACCCCGCAUGGAACAGACCUCACAAAUGAUGACAGUAUCACUGAUCAGAACAAUUCACAGCACCAAGAAUUCGUGGCCUCUUUCUGGUCUCAAUUUGGACUAUCUCUCUAUCUGGGAUUCAGCUUCAACGCCGACAAUUCGAUUCAAGGCCUUCAGAAUCAGCUAUGGGCUAUAUUCAUGCUACUCGUUGUGUUCAUAAACAUCCAUGAGCAAAUAAUGCCUAUCUUUCUUCCUCAGCGGGCGCUCUACGAGGCACGCGAAGGACCUUCGAAAAUUUAUAGAUGGAAAACAUAUUUACUGGCAAACGUUUUUGUCGAGCUUUUCUGGCAUACUCUUAUGGCUGUUAUAAUGUACUUUUGCUGGUACUAUCCCGUCGGCUUUGUCCAAAAUACCACCGCCGAUGAUCGUGCCAUUCGCGGAUUUGCCGUUUUCCUUUUCCUAUGGGUAUACCUUUGGUUUACCAGCACAUUUGCCCACUUUGCCAUCUUUUGGAUCGACCUUUCAGAAACCGCUGGUGUUCUCACUAGUCUUUUUUGGAUGUUGUGCAUCCUGUUUUGUGGAAUUGGUGUACCGCUGGCCGACCUUCCGGCCUUCUGGAAAUUCAUGUACCGUGUGUCGCCAGCCACAUAUCUCGUCGGGGGUAUAAUGUCAAACGCAGUCGCAAACGCGGAAGCAAGUUGUGCUGAUCACGCGAUCCUCCGAAUGGCCUCAAUUGGGAAUCUUACUUGCAACGAAUUCCUCGGUGCAUAUAUCGACGCAGCUGGCGGUCGGGUCCUGAACCCUGCAUCGCGGGAUAUCUGUCAAUACUGUCCUUUGGCCACGACGAACGAAUUUCUUCAACGAUUUCGGAUUUCUUACAGCACGAGGUGGCGAGACUUUGGACUGAUUUGGGUUUACAUUCUUGUUAAUAUACUCGCAGGUCUUGGGCUUUAUUGGGUCUUUAAGGUUCCCAAAGGCAGGAAUACUAGCGAGAAGGCUUAG